UAUUUCCGUUUCACCAAGUACUCUCAAAGGUACCUUGAAUGAAAUUUUUCCAAAAUUUGGUUGAAAAUCCGUAACAGCAAAAUUCCAUUCGCAACCCUAGACUAUCCGCACGGGCCAUACCGUACCGGAAAUGACGUUAGUCAAAUGUCAAUGCCCCUAUCGGAGACCGCACUAAGCAUCGGUACUGUGGUAAUCGCCCUCCAGCUGUGCAUGAGGCCGGAAUGUCAAACCUCAAAAUCUCAUUCAAGAACUGCAAAUCGGCGAUUCCUCAAGACCUGUUUAAACAACACAUUGACAGCGAGUCGCAUUUCUGAUCCAUAUUACGCCGUCAACAAUUCGACCAUGGAUCGAACUCCGGAUUCGGUCGACAAUCUCCAAGGUCAGUUGCCUUUUCCUUGGCGACUUCCAGCAGCCAACGACCUUCAUCAUUCUUUUCACGGUGCAUGUCACACCUCAUUUUCGCUCCACCUUCGACUCUGAACUCCUUCGACGCCGGCACUAACUUCAGCAGAGAGGAAGAACAUACUCGUCGCCGGGAUCAUGGCCGCGUUCCGUGACUUGAUAAACACUGCGGCCGCCCCAGUGGAUAACACAGCCUCAACAGGCCAAGCAGCCUACCGCAGCAUGGCCUUGCAGACGAUAAUAAGCGGUAU